UGCCCUCUUCGAACGAGCCUGCGCGAUGCGCGAAUUCCAAUUUUAACAUUCGCACAUUCGGUUUUUAAACCAACGUUCCUAAUUCGAACUUUGAUAUUGUUAUAAUAAACAGUAUCCGCGGACCUUAUUUUUUUUUUAUUUCGUGGGACUUAAAAAUAUUGUGCCAGUGACUGAUGAAUAAGUGUUAUUUGACACUUUAAAAGUGCUGUGAAGUGCGGUGAAACUAUUUUUGUUUUAUCAAAUUUAAAUAACUUGUUUGGUCGAGGUGUAAUAAGACAGUGACAGUGAAGUGAGGUGAUAUAUAACGAACCCAUGUGAUGUAAGUGAUAUUGUGGUUAGGUAAUUAUGUGAAAAGGGACAACAGUGAUGUGGCUCCCGGCGGCGCUGUGUUUAUUUAGUCAAUUGGGUCUGACAGCUGGCGGCGUUGACAGCACAGACCCAGACAGCAUUUUCGCGGUCAGCAAUGGCACCGCUGAGACGGUGGUUCAACCGCACUUCGACAACACCACGAAACGGGAGUACACCGCCGCUGUGGGCCAGCCAGCGUACUUGCACUGCAGAGUCAAGAAUCUUGGAGAUAGAUCUGUGUCAUGGAUCCGCAAACGUGACUUGCACAUUCUAACCGUUGGAGUCCACACGUACAGUAGUGAUGCCCGCUUCGCAGCUUUGCACACGGAUGGCUCCGACGAAUGGACACUCCGGGUUGCUCACGCACAGCCGAGAGACUCUGGGGCUUAUGAAUGCCAAGUCUCCACUGAACCAAAGAUCAGUCUAUCUUUCUGGCUCACAGUUGUCGUAUCAAAGGCUGAGAUCCUGUCUGGGCCGGAGUUGUUUGUACGAGCAGGAUCGGACAUCAACCUGACGUGUAUUGCGCGCCACGCACCCGAUCCACCUAGUUUCAUAUACUGGUAUCGUGGUUCGAAUGUGGUGAACUACGCACAGCGGGGAGGGAUUAGUGUCGAAACAGAACAAAGGACCCGCACCAGCCGCCUUCUGAUAGCACGCGCUUCGCCCCGUGACUCCGGAAAUUAUACUUGUGCCCCUAGUAGCUCUGAUUCGGCGUCAGUGGUCGUGCAUGUAGUAAGCGGGGAACGGCCAGCUGCCAUGCAGAGUGCUGGUACCAACACCACACCUACCUUACUCUACACGAUUUUAAUCUUAAUUAAUCUAAAUAUCCAUAGACAUUCAUUAAAACAACUAAUCCUGCAAAUGAUCACUAUUCCAUUUAAUUGCAUGUCCGACGAUUUUAAAUUCCGAUUUCGAAACGAUCAAACUCUGGUUUCUAGAUGAUAUAAUCAUUUUUAGAUGAGCAUUUAAUGCUGAUAAGUAUGUUUAGUAUGAACGAUAAGAAAACGAAUUAUUAUUAAUAACUCAUCCCAUUUUUGUUUCUAGCACUUGUAUGUAAUCAGAUUGAGGUGUAAAUAUAAUAAUAAAAGUAUUUUAUGUUCUUGCAUUGUAUGUUUUAUGGCAUAUUAAAGCGAUGUAACGAUGCCGUGAAAAUGCGCAAUAAAUUUCUCGGGUUCGUUAAUUUCACCUUUACAUGUAAAUAAAUGUAAGCUGAUUUGCAGAAUUAAUUGUUCUCAGAAGUUUAAUUAAUUUGUAAAUAAAACAAAAUGUGUAUUUAGCUGAUGUGAUCGACCGAUAAAAAUUAAAUCGUAUCUCCCUGUCGUCUAAAGGUUGUGUUAUAACUGAUCUCAAAGUAUGUACGAUAGCUAAUUGUAAGAUAAAUAGACGUAACGUUAUAUUACUAGGAAUUGAAUAUAAUCAUGAACUAGUCAGACUAGAGCAGUGGUGGAUCAGUGAUUAGGACCUCGGUGUUCUAUCUAAAAGUGGGUGGUUCAAAACCAGGCAAGCGUGCAAGAAAUAUUCAAUUGAUAUGACGAUUGUAUUGUUACAAUUUUAUUGAAUUUUUCAAUUGAUCUGUACUAUGUAUUAUUCAGUUAUAUUUCAAUUAAUCUGUAUAAUUCUGCACGUUGUAGAAUUAACUGUUCAACGAAAUGUGACAUCUGCCAACCCGUACUUCAGUCCCUGUAGUGGGAAAAAACGUGGACUGAUGAUGAUGAUGAUGAUGAUAGUCUGAUAUUGAGAAGUCUGUACAUGUACAAAAUUUUUGGACAUCAACACAAAAUAAUUGAUUUGUUUUCUUGCAAAUUUAAAUAUUUAAUUAUUGUAUUUGAUUAUCGUUUGUUUCAUUUUACAAUACAAACUUGCUUACUGUUGUUGCGGCCCAAUUUCGUUGUAGCUAAUUCAGUAAGUAAAUUAUGUACAUAAAUAAUUUGUUUGAAUUAAAUCAAUUUGCUCUGUUUGCUGUUAAUGUUUCAAAUAAUUGUACAACAUGUGCGGUUUUAUGGAUAUUAUUUAUAAAUAUCGCAUGCUUCCUAAUUAAUUGCCAGUGAAAAUUUAAUUCUCGGCUAGUGUAGUUAAUGGAGUUAUUAAAUCGGCAUUAAAACCUGUGACAUGGUUUUAUUGGCUUAUUAAAUGCGGAAAUAUAUCGAAAUCUGUAUUAAUAACCAAAUUUAGAGAAUGUUUGAAAAAUCUCGAUCAGGAAACCAUAUAGGUAUUUGAUAUAAUACUUGAGUUAUGUUAAAUCCCUGUAAUUGAAUAAAACACACUUAAAUUUUGGAAGUGUAAUAAAACUAAGUACAGAAAUCAUUUUUAUAAUGUAGCAUAUAUUUUUAUGAUCAUUUUAUGAAACGCUAAUGUGUUUUUUUCGCUUUUCAGAAUAUUAAAAUUUAGUUACUUGAUUCAUUCUCUUUCGUUAUAUUUUUGAAGCGUUUUAACAUUAACAAUAAUGUUUUCACAACGAAUGAUAUUAACUUUGAAGCUAUGUAGGAAUUUAUUAAGCGACUAACAGACGAGCUGAUAUCGUCAAAUGCGAAUUAAUUUAUGUAAAUAAAUAGCUUAUUAACAAGUCCGUUCAUCACAUUAUCUCGAACAUUAUCAAGAGAUUGAAACUCGCAUUUUUGCCCGAUCCCCAUUAUUAUCAAUGGAAACUUGAUCUUGAUGAAUUGGAUCGGAAUCGAAAGCUAAUUGGCUUUAAGCGCGUAUAGGGCUUAACUUUCUACGUAAUAAAAUCUCCUACAUAUUCGUAGAAUAUAUUAUUAUCAUUGUAUGUAAAUAGUAGCCUUAGAACUAAAUGAUGUGUAUAAAACAAUACUUCUUCUACGUAUCUACGAAAUCUGCGUCUGAACACAAAUAAAACACUAGAAAUCAACAAUAAUGUUAGUUUAAACUGUGAAUACUUUUGUAAAUAAAAUGUUUUAAGUGUUAC